AUCCUGCAGUACGUGCAGUACUCUGCUGGCAGGAAACAGUGCGCAGAAAUAUUUGACCCAUAAUGCACCGCUAGGCUGACAAGUGGAUCCAAGAUGGCGUAGAAAGUAAAGCUAGAAACUCUGUCCCAGAGUCAUGGAGGACAGAAGGCCACAGAAGUCAUGUGACGAGGCCAUUGGAUCAUUAGUGAGGCAGGAGUAUGAGGCAGCAGUGGCUCACAGCACAGAGGCCCUGCUGGCCAUGGGACCCCGGACGCCGACCCCCGGCACGACCCUCCUUCGCAAGCGCGCGCUGCUCUACCGCAUAGCAGCACGACUGCAGUUGAAGGACUACGACCAGGCAGAUGAAGACUGCAAGCAUGUGUUUGCUGAGGAGCUGGGGGCGGGAGAAGACAGUUUCAGGGCGGGGCUUCAGAAUCUGAUGCUGGAUGGAAGCUUACAGGAAGUGUGCAGUGUUCUCUCUAAAGCACUUUAUGGAGAACCAAUGAAUGGCAUCAUGACUAAAGACAUGACACGACUGAAGAGGCUGCUCUCAGAAAUAGAGGCUGUGAGGAGUAAAGCGGCCUCAGAAUUGACUGAAGAGACCGAUGAGGAUGUUCAGGAGGGCUGGCAGUUUCGACCUCCUCCUAGAGGGGUCACCAGUAGUGAGGAGUACACGCUGUGUAAAAGGUUUUUGGAGCAGGGUUUGUGUCGGUACGGAGCACAGUGUACAUCGGCUCACUCGCAGGAGGAACUGACGGAGUGGCAGCGGCGUUACGCCUCUCGACUGAUCCGUCUCAAACAGCAGCAGGAUGGGAAACAUUUCACUGAAAACUACAUGGAGGCGCUCAUUGAGAAAUGGAUCAACUCGCUCUCACCUGAGAGAGUGAUGAACGACUGCGUGGAUGGAGUGACUGUGGAGCACAGCUCAGGCCUCUCUAUUACCGUCCACAGCAAAAAAUCAUCUCAUGCCUGGACAUUCACUCUUUUCUGCAAGCCGGUCCGUACGUUGCACCGCGUGGCUUUGCUUUACGAUGCCAACCGUCCACACUUCUCCAUCACGGCGGUUUCGGCCGGGGAUGCGUCGACCCAGGUACCUCAGGAGGUGUCUGAGAGGGGCUGCCAGGAGUGGAGCUCAGUUGGCCUGGUACAGAACGGCAUGGAUCACUGCGUUUACACUGUGGUGGUGUCAUUUAGCACAGAGAUAUUCGGGACGUUUCGGCAGACCGUGGUGUUUGAUUUCGGCUCUGAGCCCGUGCUCAUGCAGCGAGUGAUGGUGGAUGCCGCCUCUAUUGAAGAUCUCGAGCAUCUGAUGCAAGCUCGACAGCAGCUUCUGAUGACUGCUAAGCGAUGGGACUCGUCGUGUAAAACCAUUGUGGAGUUCGUCCCCAAUGAGAACAUGGAGCUGGAGCGUAGUCUGCUGACCCGAUAUCAGAUCCCGCUAUCUGCCGAUCAGCUCUUCACCCAGUCUGUCCUGGACAAAACCCUCACCAGAGAUAACUAUCAGUCCCGCUUUCACGACCUGCUCUACAUCGAGGAAAUCGCUCAGUACAAAGAAGUCAGCAAGUAAGUUCCCCACCGAGAC